AUGAGUCCUCUCGGGCCCUGUGCGGCUCACCGUCUCCCCAGCAGCCGACCCAAGGGGGCCACUGGGGUCGGGCCGCUGCGGCGCCGCCAGCCCAGCGCCGUCAGCGCAGCGCAGAGCCGGCAUGCAUCAGCGCCUGUAUGGCCCGCUCGUGCUGACGCAGCAGGAUGGAGGGCCCGCUGA